AUGGAGGACCUCAGCUCGGUUAAAGAGCCAAACUCCCCCUCUCGUUUUCUCGAUCUCCCCUUUGAGAUCCGUCAUGAGAUAUAUUCGUACUGCAUCCCUUACCACUCUCAUUUCGAGGAGAUUCGCUAUUUCAGGGCUCGUGCUAGCUUUCCGCAACCUACAAAGACAGGAAACGUCAAGAACAAGAAUGCCAUCCUCCGCGUCUCAAAGCAAGUCAGCGAGGAGUGCCUCAACAUGCUGUACGGCAAAAACCGUUUCUACAUCACCCUCAACGCCUCUAGACGCUGCCUGCUUGCCAACCGGAUCACCGCAGAGAACCGAGCGAGAAUCCGAGAUGUCGUGGUUAUCGUGCGGCAUAUGGGGCCUGCGUACGGCCUCCCGCCACCAGUACCUGCAGACGGACUGUGGUCUUCCUUACUACCCGGCCUGAGACAUUUGAAGAUCAUUGCAGAGCAGCCGGUGCAAUCCCCCCAGUCACCUUUUGACCCGGCCUUUGACGAGAAGGUCAGAAGCUGGAUCAGAUGGUUCGGCCCCCUGAUGGAGUGUUUUGCCAAAUACCUGACCUCUUACACCGUUGUCGAGAUCGACGAGAACGGCAAGGAUGUCACUACGGAGCUUGUCAGGCAGUAUCUCCAUCAUAGAUAUCGAACGGUCCGGGAUGAUAUCCAUGGCGACUUCAUCUUUCAGAGAGGGCGCUUCGCCUUGCAGGCAUAA